GUCGUAAACGCAGUUGUGGCUGAGUGAUUUUCCGUCGUAUUUGGCAUUCGUGCAACUAAAUCUAGUAACAACAAACGAUAGCAAUAAAUUUUUGUAAUUUGUUUCUCAACGAAUAAGUAGCAGCGCCGUCAAAAAUGUGGAAAAGCAUCGUUAAGGUUAUGUUGCUUUGGAUGGUUUUGUAUGCUGUGUCAUGUGUGAGUUCUCAGUUGCUGGACAAAGCUGGUUGUAACUCAACCAUAAGUUGUUAUAGCCAACCACCAAGUUGUACAUCAUCUAAGGAUUGUAAAUAUCUUCUUAAGUAUUCUGUGCAAAACAAUGAAAUAAUUGACUUCAACCUUAGUUCAAACACAUUUGAAUGGAUUGCUGUUGGAUUCAACCCCAAAAAUCCAAGGAUGGCUGGUGGAGAGUCAUUAGUGUGCGAAAGAUAUAUAAUUAAAGAUAACGAAAACAUUAUUCUACGUCAUUAUAAUAUGAAAACGGAAGAUCGUCCGUAUCCUAGUCAAGAUACAAAUGCGACACUCGUGUCUAGAAGUAAAUCAGGAAAUAUUUUGUCUUGCAGGAUUCAACGCAAGUUGGAUCUUCAAGUUAUACGUAGAAACAAUCUUAGAAAACCAGUGUAUUUUCUGUACGCUGCAGGAAUGACGGAUUCAAAACAUGAUCCUGUCUGGAUAAAAGAACAUACAUUUUCUAGAGCUCCUCGUUAUCCUCUUAAUGUUUUUGAUGUAUCUGAUAAUACCGACACAAGUAAAGCAAUGAAGAGAAUAGAUACCAGUCAAUGUGGGAAGUCCUUGGGUUGUUUGCGUACUCCGUCUAGUUGCAAUGACAAUACAGAUUGCGAUUACUUGCUGACGUUCAGGAAGAAUAGCAAUGAUAUCCUAUUCUCACUCUCUGGAAAAUCUGAUGGUUGGGUUUCAGUUGGAUUUAAUGAUAAACCAAAAAUGGGCGGAACCGAUGCUGUUAUUUGUCAAGCAAAAGGAACUAAUUCCGCUUACUUGUGGGUUGCUAACUUAAAAUACAACACCCCUAAACUGAUCACUCCGAACGAGACCAGAAUCCUGGAUGGAAAAUUUGAAGAUGGAAUAAUCUAUUGCAAGUUUACAAGGCCUUUAAAGCCAACGGCGAAAAAAAGAGUUGCUAUUGAUAUUCCCAGAUACAUAAUAUAUGCCAAAGGUAAGGGAGUCGCAAAAUUACACGAACACGCCGACGAAGAUAAAGGAUGCUCGGAGAAGAAAGUUGAUUUUGGAAAUCACAUAUCUUAUGAUUUGGGUGAUUGUGGAGGUGGCCUCGAAAGAGUCCAUGGAUCUUUUAUGAUUUUUUCGUGGAUGUUCUUAGUAAUAAUCUCCAUUUUUAUUGCGCGAUACUCUCGUUCGUUGUGGCUGGGUUUGAAAAUUUUUGGCAGUGAUGCUUGGUUCCAGUUUCACCGCUUGAUCAUGGGAAUUGCUGUUCUUUUUACCAUCGUAGCAAUAAUUAUUAUAUUUACCGACAAGGGAGGAUGGAGUGAGAGUGCCGGUGCUCAUGGAAAACUCGGUAUCGUUGUCAUGGUUCUUGCUAUUAUUCAACCAACCAUUGCUUUCUUCCGACCUCACCCAAGAAAACCGAGACGUGUCUUAUUUAACUGGUUUCAUCGAAUUGUUGCCUUAUUACUUGUUAUUUUGGCGGUUGUUACAGUUUUCAAAGGCAGUGAACUUCUAUUUUCUGAUGAAAAUAAUGUGUCUAAAUGCGUGAUUGCACUUAUUGUUGUCGCCCUGGUAACAGCCUUGGUUCUGGAGUACCUGGCAUUCCGUAUCAGAGCGAAAAGUUCACCAAGUGUCGGUCUUGCAUCUGAAACCUUACAGGAAGAAAAUUCUAUUGUGGCAGAAUCUUUUUGGGAAACCAAGCUACAGCGCGUGUUGUUGGUGGUAUUCUCACUCGUAGUUUUUAUACAAGCGGCUGUUAUGAUCGCGUACGUGGCGGGGGCUGGGGAAGACGAUGACGACGAUGAUUAGAUUUGAAAGACCUGACAGUUUUGAAUUUGUAUUUCUAGCGUGAAAUUAUUAAUAUCUAAGGCUGCAUGCCGCGAUAAAAAUAUUAGUUUAGCACAAACUAAGCUGUGUAUAGAAACUAUAGGGAUGAUGUCUACUGUACAUCCAUUAAACUAUAUAAGAUUAUAAGUGUAUGUACCUGAGGUACUUUUAGUAUAAAUCGUGCAAUACAGACUAGUAAUGACUAGCAGUAUGUGAUAUGUAUGUAUACCUGUAUGAACUGUGUGGCAACCGCAGCUAUGAUUAUAAUGAUGAUUAUGAAGUGCUUCACAUUAAACUAUUUGCUGAUUUAAGUGAUAUGGCCAAAAGCGAAAACCUAUAGCCUAAGAAGUUAACGCCAAUAGAGUGCUUUACCGGUUUAUACCCUGCGUCAAGUUAGACUUUCUAUAGUACAGUUAACCCUGUGUGCUAAUAUCAUUACGUCUCUUAAGUUAUCGUGAUCCAGUAUACUAGUUCGAGUAGUAUACGUAUGUUUUUUUAUCAUGCACGAAUUCGAAGCUCUGAAUUCUCUACUUUAACGUAGACAUGA